GUAAAGAAGGCAUCACGUACAUGACGGAUUGCAGUGUAACAAAUACACCUAUAAUAUUAUGCGAUCGCCUGUCACAAGAUGAUCGCGUGGAUUUCGAAAAAUGUAAAUUAGUGUACUUCGAUUUGGAAACAACUAGCAGAUCGACCUCAUGUGACAUUUGCCAGAUUGCGGCAGUACACGAAGACACAGAGUUUUCAAUUUAUGUAAUGCCUUCGCAAGCAAUCACAUCAGGAGCCAGUGCUGUAAAUAAACUGAAAAUUUCGGAAGGAAUUAUGAUGCUUAAUAAUGUCCCUGUCAAAGCGGUCUCAAAAGAGAUGGCUUUUGAAAAAUUCAUCUGUUAUCUCCAAAACAUUUCGAUGGGCUGCGGUGUUAUUUUGAUCGCUCACAAUUGCUUCCGGUUCGAUGCCCCUAUCCUAUUAAAGAAUGUCGAGCGAAUUGGACUCCUAGAAGCACUUCAAUCUGUGGUUGUGGGUUUCGCAGAUACUCUCCCAAUUUUGCAUGAGCACCUGCCCGAAAGAAAACGGAAUAAAUUGAGUUUUUCUCAAGUUCAACUCGCAUGCGAUUACAUCGGCGUAGAGGCAACUGAAAAUGCCCACAAUGCUGUACAGGAUGUACGAGUCCUGUCAAAAUUGAUCAUCAUUCUUGGUGUCGGAGAAAGCAUGAUGAAAGCCAAGGCUAAGAGUUUGCAAAGGAUUGUUAAUACUCUCAACACGAAGGAUGAAAUUUGUCAGAGGCAAAAAGGCUUACAAUAUUUAAGCAAAGGAGUGAGCAAGGGUAUGCUAACAAAAAUAGCAGUUGCCGGAAUAUCCUUCGGAAUGUUGCAGAAAACUUGGCAAGAUAACGGAGUAGAGGGCAUAACGCUUCUCCUAGCGGAGCAUGUUGGCAAUGGCCCUCGAGUGACAAAGAAUAAAAAAAUAAUUGAGAAAUUAAUAACCGAACUUCAAUUAAUAUCGAAUAAAGAAAAUUGUACUCCUGUAUAA